CUGCGCUAUUCGCAAUUUAGAUUGCCUUAUGGAACACCAAAACAGAAGUUUCUAAUCAAUCAACGUGCAGGUUAUGUUCGACCGCUCUCCUAUCGACUCAGUACUGCAGGUGCACAAGUUCUUCGUAUUUUGAUCAUGAGUAAUGACGACUUGUGUGCUCAGCUGGUUGUGACCCGAAGCGAAGCGAAUCCCUACAUUCGAAACAUCGAGCGCCGAAUCGGUAGCGAUGAGGUUCUGCACGAAAUGGAGUUCACACGCCGUCUUGAUCUAGUGCUGCCCAGAGGUGAAGUUCCUCAGAUUUUACUGAUGUUCCGAUCUGUGUAUUCGGAUGAUGCACGAUGUCAUGCCGGGGCAACAGCUCGUAAGUUCUUUGGUAGUUUAGUUGAAGAAAACCUAUCGUCGCGCACUUCCACAUAUAGGUACUCCUAA